UCUAAGUAUAUAUAAUUAAGUGUAGGGAUGGGCAAUACAAUUUUUUCGACAUAUGUAUGACUUAGUCUAUGAUUGUUUAAAAUAUAAAAAUGCAGCCAAUGGUUUGAUUACAGCUAAAAAGACAGUUUCGUAUUGGCUUCUAUUACAUCAAAAUUCGAAACCCUUAAACUCUGUUUCAAGCUUUUGUAAUGGAAGUUGGACAAGCGAAUCCGCUUCUUGGUGGUGAAUCGUCUUGCUGUUCCAACAGUACCGCUAAAUCCUCCUGGUGGCAUCGAAUUCACAGCAACCACGAGGAGACACGGUGGUGGGUCCGAGCGUUUCUAAAGAUCCGAGAAUGGUCGGAGAUCGUGGCUGGGCCACGGUGGAAGACUUUCAUUCGUCGAUUCAACCGCGAUCCUCGCCGCGGCCGAGACUGGGACGAUAGCGACAAAUUCCGAUACGAUCCUGCGAGUUACACUUUGAGUUUCGAAGAUGAAGACAAAGACGACGACGACGAAGCUGGAUUUGGUGGAGCCAGAAGCUUCUCGAUGCGCUACGCUUCUGUCCCCGUUGCUUCAGGUACAACUCCUGCCGUCAAAAGCGUUGACGCCGUGAAAUGAUGAUAUCUCUUGGGGAGAGUUUGAAAAGUCUCUGGCGUUGUUUAUUUAUUUACGUCAAGUUUGGUUUGAUUUAUUAUUUAUCGUUGAAAGUUACUCCUCUUUCAACGUGUCAUGUAAAAUAUAUCACAACGGUCUAAUAUUUUGAUUUGAUUAUAUUUCUGUUUUCUAAGGACCGAAUAUUGUAUAAUGUUGUUGAGAAAAAGUAACGAGGUUUCUUUGUUAA